CAUCACUCUCCUCAAAUUAAUUAUUGUCUUUAAUCAUGUCCACCUUCCCCAUCUUUCACACCUUGAACAGUGGAGCUGGCUUCCCUGGACUAUCCUCCUACUCUGCCGAGCAGAUAUCAUUAGCCCCUAUGGAGCAACCCCUAUAUGAUCAGAAAGCCGCCGACCUUGCUGCGCUGGAUUUAAUACCUGAAGAUGACUGGCUCACAAUUCUGGGGCUCCAAUCCUCAUCUGCGCCUGGUGCAUAUUGGAUGCAUGUCGACUCUCCUCCCAUUGCGGAGUCAGACGUCCAAAACGAUUUCACCGCUGCCAUUCGCACAAAAGUUUCCCAUCCUCGGGUAGCUCAUGCCUGCGAUUACUGCAGGCGCAGAAAAACAAAUGUUCGGGGGAUCAGCCGGUGUGUACGGGCUGUAAGAAAAGAGGCAAGGUGUGCCAGUGGACUCCUAUCAAAACCACUAAAGAGCGGCGAAGCCGGAAACCUUACGACGGCGACUUAUCCGAGCGUUAUGCUCCCGAAUCCGAUGACCAUUUGGUCUAUCGAGGAUGCUAUGUCUGCAGCGCAGGCUAGUACGAUUUCGAAUGCGUCUUCUAGUCGGAGCGCGCCUUCUCCCACUGGUUGGAGUCCUCAGUAUGACUCGGACUGCGAUGUUGAAUGGAUCCCGUCCCCUCUUUCCUCUUGUCCUUCGUUGGGGAGUGCUAGUGAUGACUCAUCUCGCGAAUCGUCGCCUUUGGACACGCCCACCGCGCGCCAAUUCAACACCUGAUCCGAUAUAUUUUUCUGGGGAGGAGCCGGCGCAGAGUUUCGACGAUAUAGAUGAUUUCUUCAAAGAUCUAUAUCAAGCUCUAUCUCCCGAGUGGUCUUCUGUCUGGCCGGAGAUGCCUUUUGCUCAGUAAGCGUUAUUGCCACGUCAUCUUUCGUGGGUUCGCAGUAUGGACGCUUUUGCGAUACCUGUAGGCACAUAUAGAGAUGCG